AUGAGUUACAACAACAACAGCCAUAGCAUCAAUUGCAAAGAAAACAACAACGACGACGACAUCAAAAACGUAAACAUCACCAACAACAGCAACAAUGACAUUAGCAAUGACUUCAACAACAACAAUAGCAUCAAUCGCAGCAACAACAUCAAAAACAUUGUGAGAAAUUCCUCUUUCAGUGGCGGUCACAGUUGUGAUGACGAUGGUGAAAACAUUAAUAAUAAGAAUAAUAAUCAAGCUGACUUGAAAGGAAAUGAUGUUGAUUGUAAUGAUAAUGAUGCCUAUGACGAAGACUACGCCGUUGAAGAUGACGAUGAUGAUGACGAAGAAGAUGACGGUGAUGAUGACGAUUACGAUGACACAUCAUCAUUACCAACAUUUUCCACAUUAUCGUCAUCCUAUUUCCUCUCUUCAUCACCACAAUCUUUCUCUGAAUCAUUUUUGUCCAUACAACCAUGCAGCAGCUCCUACAACUACAACAACAACAGCUCCUACAACGACAACUUCGACUACAUCGACGACCGCAACAGCUGUCGCAUCAACUACAUCAGCAGCAAAUAG